AUUAACAAUAAUCUAAAUUAUUUUCUCUCUCCUAAUCUGUUCAUCACUCUUCCAUCAUCUCUCUCCUUUUAGUAAUUCAUUUUAGAAAAACACAGUGUACUGAUUUUUCGACAACUUUCACAAUAAAUAUCCUUAUUUUCUCAGAAAAGGGAUUGGGAAUCGGAAAAAGAGUUACCCCAGUGGCGGUGAGAGGGAGAGAUGGGAGAGCGAGAGAGGGUAAUGGAAGUGGAACAACAACAACAACAACAACAACAAUCGGAAGAACAAGAACCAGAAACUAGCGAAACAUCAUCGUCAACAACAACAUUAACAACAACAACAACAUGGAAACAAAACCUGACAAUGCAGUUAUUAUCUGACAAACUAACUAACGGAAACCUUAACUCUAAGAUUGAAGCUGCAAGAGAAAUCAGAAGAAUGGUUCGUAAAUCAUCCAAAACCCGCUCCAAAUUUGUUGCUCUUGGUGUUAUUCAGCCGCUUAUUUUCAUGCUAUCUUCUUCCAAUCUUGAUGCUCGUCAAUCUUCUCUGCUUGCUCUUCUCAACCUUGCUGUUCGUAAUGAAAGAAACAAGGUCCAAAUAGUGACAGCUGGUGCAGUGCCUCCUCUGGUGGAGCUUCUCAAGAUGCAAAAUAACAGUAUACGAGAAUUGGCCACAGCAGCAAUCUUGACACUCUCAUCAGCUGCAUCCAACAAGUCGAUUAUUGCUGCUUCCGGAGCUGCUCCUCUCCUUGUUCAGAUUCUCAAAUCCGGAAGUGUCCAAAGCAAAGUUGAUUCUGUUACAACCCUCCAUAAUCUCUCCAUCAGCAUUGAAAAUUCCAUCGAACUUCUUGACGCUAGUGCCGUUUCCCCUCUCAUCAACCUCCUUAAAGACUGUAAAAAGUACUCAAAGUUUGCAGAAAAAGCUACAUCACUACUUGAAAUCCUCUCCAACUCUGAAGAGGGACGGAUCGCAAUCUCACUUGCAGACGGGGGAAUUUUAACCAUUGUAGAGACAGUUGAAGACGGAUCACUUGUCAGCACAGAGCACGCCGUUGGAGCAUUGCUAUCAUUAUGUCUAAGCUGCCGGGAUAAAUAUCGGGAACUAAUUCUUAAAGAAGGAGCAAUUCCAGGUCUGUUACGGCUAACAGUAGAGGGCACAGUGAAAGCUCAAGAUAAAGCUCGCGCGCUUCUAGAUUUGCUCCGAGAUUCUCCUGAAGAAAAAAAACUAGACUCGUCGGUUUUGGAGAAAAUUGUUUACGACAUUGCUGAACGGUUAGAUAGAGUAGAUAAAGCCGGCGAAACUUCCAAAUGAUUGUUGCAAGAUAUGGUUCAAAGGAGGACGGAAAACACAGCACGAACUUCAUCAUAUUGCAUAGGGAUGCUGCAUUUUGCACUCCUCUAUGAUUCCAUCUACUUGAUAAAAAGCACUUUUUUUUGCUCAACAAGAAGCUGUUACAAUUGAGUUUCAACUUGUGUAUAUAUAUGUGGUUUCUGUCUUUUUUUUCUUCUUCUUUGAGUCAGUUAGUGUUUUAGCAAGAUAACCAUUCAAAAUGUGCCUAAUGAUGUUAACCAAUCUAACUUGGGGGUUUGUCUGUUGAUUUAUUGACCUCAUAAUUACACUGUAUAUCUCAGCCAGGAUAGUGCACAUAUGGAAAGUAUGCAGUUGCAUGUUAUGCAGCACCUACAUUUCGUGUCAGUGUUGUGUUUGAAACCGACAAUGACACUUGUAAUUACGUUUAAUUUAUUAUUAAAAUUAUUUUCGACGUCAACGUGUUA